UCAGAUUCCAUCGUUCCUCGUAGUAGAUCGAAUCGUAUUUUUUUUCCUCUUGAAAGAUUCAAUUUUUUUCUCCCCAAGUGACUGUCGAAAUUUCUCUGUCAUCUGAAACUGAUAUCGGAAUACGGAACUAUGGGGACUAAAGACUGUUAGGUUUGGGAGAAAGUGAAAAUGAGAAGACAAAACUUUGCGGACUCACCUGCCGGUGCAUAUGGAGCUGGACAGAUACAGGACGCCCAUUCUGAUUUCCAAGGUCAACUAGAGGCAUUCACGCCUGAGAGGGACCAACCAUUUUCAGAUUCACGACCAGAGGGUCAGUGGAGAUGGGAAAGAGAUGGCCCAAAUAUGUCAAGACCAAUGGCAACUGCAGUUUACAAUGAAGGACAACAAGGUGUUGAUUCAUCGAGGACGUAUUACCGUGGCCAAAUGGAUCCAAAGCCUGGAAUGGAGAAGCAAGGCAGUGUUCCCAGAGCUCAAUCACAACACCAAGAAAACCCCAAAACUGGUUAUGAUAAUAACCGUGGGAUGCAGACCUUUGAAGGUCUGGAGCAAAAGUUCAUGGAUGAUAUAACCAGACUAGCAAAAGAUCAAAUCGAAGCAGAGGAUGCAGAGAUUGCCAGACAUCGAGAGAAAAUAAAGACCAUUAAUACUCGGUACGAGGAACAGUUAGCUACACUUAGAGCACGUCACACAAGUAAGAGAGAAGAGAUCAUGAGGAAAGAAUCACAAGCCAGACAGCAACAAUACAAGCAGCAAGCCAUGGGGAUGACUGAUCAGUACCAUCCAAGCACGGUUGGUCCAGCCAGUCUACUGCCAUCUGGUCAUCCCCAAGGUUACAUUGACAAUGCUCAAGAUCCAGUACCUUCGGCGGAUGCACCAUCCAGAUCCUAUGGUUCAGAACGGUUUGAAGCAUACGGAGAGAGAGCUAGGUUUCAGGGCGGAAACAGAGAUCACGGGUUCGAGCCAAGGGGUCAGUACCCUGGUGGGACAGUCUACGACACUGCCUCAAGGUUCUUCUACUGAUGUGAUACUGAACAUAUUCUGUGUUUUAGGGGAUUCAGUCCCACUUUUUUUUUUUUUUUUUGGCUUUAUAGAUCAGUUGAGCUUUUCACGAGAGAAUUUUAGAAUUCAUAUUUGAACAGUUUUAUAUAAUUACUGUACUGAUAUACUUUCCAAAUAAACAAAAAUUAGAAUUCA